AUGGCUGCCAACGACCUUCGGGGCUGGGUCAUGAGCGGCGUCUCAGGCGUCGCCUGUGUACUUGGUUCCGCCGUCAUUUGUGUCGAUCUGGUGCUGCGGCAGUUCUCUCACCAUAAGAGCUUCCAGAUCGCGAACAGUAACAAUUUCCUGUCGGCGUCGCUAUGCCUCAGUGCGGGGGUGAUGCUCUUUACUUCACUGUAUAGCAUGCUCCCCACCUCAAAAGAGUACCUAACGCGCGCCGGCUUCUCUCCGUCCGCCUCUGCAUAUACUCUCGUCGGUCUCUUUCUGGCCGGUGUCAUUGUCAUCCGAGUUGCAUCUGGGGUGAUCCACCGCUUUAUCCCCUCUCAUGUAGUCGAUUGCGCGCACAGUCAUGACGCCCCGGUAGAUGAUCCCGAACGCGGCGACGCCCAUGCGAGCGGACACGACGAUCACCGUGACCACCACGAAGCAAAUGGACACACGGAGCGCACGCCUCUGUUACGAUCGCAAAAGUCACAAUCCAUGAAGUCAACUCCCGCCAUCUUGCAGCGCACGACCUCCGGCUCUAACGCCGUGAGAUCGGAAUCUAUUCGCGACAUCUUGGGCCGGCGGAUCAGCUCUUUCAUGGGCGGUGUCAAGCCGAUGUGCGAUGAAAAUGGUCCUUGCUUUGGCUUCUCGCAGACCUGCGGCCGUGAAUGCACAAAAGUGCCUGCAGCCAAGACCAUGCCGCCACCAACUAUGAGCGAUAAUGAGGUCACCCGGCCCACAAUGUCACAACAUCAGAGCGACCCAGCACAGUCUGAUUUUGAGCGGCGUACACAGGCAAACAGUGGCAUCGAUAAUCACAGCACAACCUCUGACACCGGGUACUUCGAUGUGAUCUCCUCUCAACAUCAUCUUCACGGCACGACGGCCUCUGAAUCCUCGUCCAAGUCUCAAGUGCAAAGGUCCCGUUCGGAAAACAACCACGAAUCAUAUAUUAACCAUGACACCCAAGCCGACUCUAGUGACGAUUACGAGGCUGAAUCAUCUCCAAAUAAGGCUGGCGGCGAUACUCAUCACCAUCAUGUCCCACAGAACGCCUUCCUCUCCAUCGGUCUACAAACCUCAGUCGCAAUUGCCCUGCACAAACUUCCAGAAGGCUUCAUCACAUACGCAACCAACCACGCAAGCCCAACCCUUGGCCUCACUGUAUUCUUAGCCCUAUUCAUCCACAAUAUCGUCGAGGGCUUUGCCAUGGCCCUGCCCCUGUACCUAGCCCUAAGUUCCCGCUGGAAAGCCAUGUUCUGGUCCAGCCUCCUAGGCGGAAUCAGCCAACCCGCCGGCGCCGGCCUCGCUGCCCUAUGGAUCUGGGGCUCGGGACACGGCGGCUCCGACUCAACAGGCCCAUCCUGGGGCGUCUACGGAGGCAUGUUCGCUGCUACAGCCGGAGUCAUGACGUCCGUUGCUUUGCAGCUGUUUAGCGAAGGACUCGGACUCACACAUCGUCGUGGUAUGGGCAUUGGCUUCGCUGUGGCUGGGAUGGGUCUUAUGGGGCUGAGCUUUGCCCUGACGGCGUGA